GUCGUGUUCUUUAUGGAAACUGGAGAAACCGGAUUUCAUUAUCAAUAUUCAGUCCAUGAUUCACAGAACCCAUCGACACAGCGUGACCUUAGUGAGCUUCUGACGUCACCAAGGGAGAAUCGUCGUCAACGUGUCCAUGCAGAGAGUGGUGCGCAUAGUAGGCUAUGCACGGCUGGAGGAGAGCGGUAAGUGGCAGAGGUGGUUACACUGCUUACAGCGUUGAAGCAAUGCUAACGAAAGGAUAGCGUCAGAUGACUGCAGCGCGCUCCUCAAGUACUACUCUACAGAAAGGAAAAUCUAGAUUUUUAUUUCUUAUAUCCAGCGGCGUAAAAGAGGAAAAAGGACAUAAAAACUAUUAUGAUCCUCUCCCUAGCUGCAGCCAUGAGCAGUGGUGGCCUUCCCCAGAACACUACUUCCUCUGCAACCUUUAACCCCUCAUCCCUGGACCCCUGGCUUGACCCUUACCCUGACCUCCCUGGGGUCAACUCCUCCUCCGCAGUCCCCGUCCGCACCUCCACAUCUGACCUUGACCUACGACCUCUGACCUCACCCCAGGAUGUCAGCCCAUGGGACGUGGCAUUAUGUGUCACAGGAACCCUCAUCUCCUGUGAGAAUGCUCUGGUCAUUGCUGUCUUGUUCUACACGCCGACCCUUCGAGCUCCUAUGUUCAUUCUGAUUGGUUCGCUGGCGUUCGCCGACCUCCUGGCGGGUCUCGGACUCAUCCUAAACUUUGUCUUCAUCUAUCUGGUCAAGGGAGAGGUCGUGACCUUGAUUUCCACGGGGAUACUUAUUGUGGCGUUCUCUGCGUCCAUUUUGAAUAUCCUGGCGAUCACUGUGGACAGGUACCUGUCGCUGUACAACGCGUUGACCUAUCACACCGAACGGACUGUCCUCUUCACGUACCUGGUAAUAGGGCUCAUCUGGUUGGUCGGUCUGAUCCUUGGAGUCCUCCCUGCCCUCGGCUGGAACUGUCUAGACGACGAAACGACUUGUAGCGUCUGCCGACCAGUCACAAAAUCCAACGCUGUUGCACUCGCCAUCUUCUUCCUAUUGGUCUUCGCAGUCAUGAUGCAACUCUACCUACAGAUCUGUAGGAUUGCAUUCCGACAUGCUCAGCAAAUUGCAGUCCAACAUCAAUUCAUCGCUAUUUCCACGACCAAAGGAGUCCAGACACUCUCUGUGAUUCUCUGCGCUUUCGCUAUGUGUUGGUUGCCGUUCGCAAUGUAUUCUAUAGUGGCGGACUCGAGUUAUCCUAUAAUAUAUACAUACGCCACUGUGCUGCCGGCGGCGUGUAAUUCAGUUCUAAAUCCAAUUAUAUACGCUUUCAGGAACCCGGAUAUACAGAAGGGGUUGUGGUUGGCGUGCUGUGGGUGUGUCCCGUCAAAUUUGAGUCUCAGACCGAGGGCGAGGACCUCCAGUGAUGUAUAGGGAACCUGAACAUACAGAAAGCUUGAUUAACUGGCCCAGAGCGUGUGGAGGACGUUGCCAGGCCAGGCCAACGGCGAGAUGGGAAUGUCGAUCCCCGGAGAAGGGUUUCUGGCUGCGACCCUUCCAAUCUCUCCCUCCCACCAUACAUCCAGUGAUGUAGAGGUAGGGGUGUUUGGGUCGUCAGAGGAAGGGGAUCCCCCCUCCUCCCCCCUUUCUCUAGGGGUGUGUUGACGUCAAGGCAAGAUGGCACCCCUCCUCGAACCUCUGACGAUGUAUAGCUUUGGGGUGUGGUGAGGUCAAGGUUCAAAGGUGACCAACAAGGCAAGGUCGACCCCCUCUUAGGACCUCCAACCUCCAACAAUGUAUAGGUUUGGGGUACGGUGACGUCAGAACAGGGUGGCAAGGAGAAAUGUGACCCAGUCCACACCUUACCUGCCUAGGGCUGAGACCAGUGUUGGGUGGCGGGUGUGGCUCCCCCUAGUCAUGCGUUGAGGAGGCAUGGACUGGACUGAGAAGGUCUGGAAUGCAUUACCCUGGGCCUAGCCCUAACCAAGCCCACUGGAUAGAGAUGGUAGUAGUGGACUGUGACUGUGUGUGGGGCUAAGGUGAAACACUUAUAGGCCUCUACAAUGCUUCUAGCUCAGAAGGUGAGCAUGAGUAGUAGAGAGCCUAGUAGGAGUUGGUUGGAAGAUAAGGAGUCUUCAUAAACACAAGAUGAGCUAACUCAGUUAUGAUGAGCAAACUAGCCAACUAUGGUAAUGUGUGUUAGGUUAGGGUAGUACAACCUUGAGGUUUUCAGUGAGGUGUCAUUUGAGAGCUUCUUUAAAGCUAGACGCCUUAGUUGCUACAUCCAUUUUUGGACUUAACAAAUUACUGAUAUAUACCCAUUGGUUAUUGAAGAAUAGAACUUAUAAAUGCCUCAUGAGCAUGUAUCAACUGUCAUACAUUGUCAUUGUUUUAUUUAAGGAUUCUAGCUUUAAACUAUCCUGCUUAAACUGUCAUGCCCCAAGGAUCGUGUUGCAAAUGAUGACUAUAACCGGCAUUAGAGCACCAAAAACAAUUUAGAACCAAAAUAACUAGUUAGAACCAAGUCACAAGGCUACACAAACAAACAAACAAAGCCAAUAUGAAGUCUGAUUCAUGUUUAACCUUAAAGAAAAAACAUACAUUUUUAGAAAAGCCCAAACUUUUAAAACAUUCCCUUGUUUCCCAUUGCUAUCAACACAAAACAAACCAUUAAACAAACCUACAUUCAGGAGGUAUAAAAAUAGAAUAACAGUACUAGAAUUCCUAGAAAUCAAAAUGUUCUAUGGUUAUUAUCAUGGCGAGAAAUGCAUCUAAAACAUUCUAAACCCGUUUCAGCACCAUGGACUUCACCUAGCAAAUCAAGCCACUAUCACCAAGCACCGAGAUCUCAUUUCAGCACCAUGGAUAGCGACCGGGGAGCCAACGCUCAUAGUCCCUACUAGCCACUGAUGUAAGGUCAGUUUUGUGGUGUCCCAUUUAUUGGUUAAAGUUAGAAUUCAGGAAGUGUAAUCUGAUCCUCGAUCCCUGUCUAAGCCAAGGGAUAUUCUACCCUUGGAGCCAGCUAUUCAGACCAUUGUUUUCACACAGCCCAUAUGUUGUAGGGUUUAAUAAUGCAUUAUAAAACAGCCCUGGCGUUGAGAGAAAGAGGGAGCACAGGCCCAUGAUUUUUAGAUUAACAGGAUCUUCCCAGGCAGACAGAGAGAGAGAGAUGACAAUAUGUGUGUGUCACAGCCGACGGCUCAUGUUCGCAGAAGCUUUGGUCGGGUUCCGUAAUGACGUGAUGGGUUCUACCAUUCUAAAUGAUAGCAGAUGUAGAUGACCAGUGGAGAUAUGUUUGUCUGUCAUAUCUAUCAGUUAGCUUAUUAGAAUAGUGUGACAUGCAAUCAUAACAAUUAAUAUACAUCUGAAUGAAAUGUAUUAUUUGAUUAAUUUGAUAUCAUUAAUGGAGUUAAAUUUGAAUUUAAACUAGGCCUAUUGAAAACUUAGUAUAUGUAGGUUUAAAAGCCUUGAUUCAGGCAGACAAGUUAAACAAUAAUGAUUGAUCAACAUCCAUCUGUCAACUGACAAUGUAAACAGUAUAUUGAUUAUCCAUCAUGUCAGAUGAACAGACAUCGAUCCAAAUCCGAUAGGGUGUCUAUCAAUAAGAUGGUGAUGCAUGGACGACAGAGCACUAGACAACAACAGAACACCAGAACGUUUCCUGAAACACAAAACCAACAUUCUGUUACAUAGGCUCUAGGUUCCAUAUUCAUUAUGUUAUUGGCCUAUAUAUACACCCCUCAUUUCCCCUCUCCAUAUCUAGGUCUCUACACAAGUUUCAAAUCACAUGCUCCCUCUCGGCUCUGCAGCUCUGGAUGUCUGCAAUAGAGGGAAGCUGACGUGUCAUAGCCAGCCUCGGGAAGGUUCAAUGGCGCAGCGGGUUAAUAACGACCAAGAUACACUAUACAAGAUGUAACUCGCCUAGCCACGCUAGCUUCACCCUGAUGUGGGUGCUAACAAGCUAGCAAGCAUGCUCGGUAGUGCUAGGUAUCAACAGCCAUUGUCACACAAUCCAGUAGGUGCCGGAAGUUACAGUGAGCUGGAAGCGGGGUCACUCACGCCGCAAUGUGGCGGAGGAUUUGCAUCAAGUUUAGCUUUCCCCAUCUUUAGUCCCGCCCUGUGCUCAACGGUCCCCCGUUCACUCUUCUUCUCUUCACUUUUUCUGCAUUGAAAAUGGAAGCCAUUGUUACACCGCACGGUGCUGUCUCUAGUGCAUCCAGGUCAUAAGGUUUUGAUAGGUGAGGCGGUAGGAUAAUGUGAUCCGUGUUCACACAUCGAUAGUUUCUCUCACACACACGCACACACGCGCACGCACACACACGCACACACACACACACACACACACAUUAUACUGAGGUUAGUUUCUCAUGAAAGGGUAGCUUGUAGUUGUAGGCUAACCCACUGAUAUACAUAGGCCCUUAGUGAUGGUGAUAGCGGUGUGGUAAGAUUGUAGGUUAGUAAUACUGUGUCAUAAUACCUUGAAAUGGCUUCCUUUCAUUGUCGCCUUUCCUACACAACCUCGGAUAGGUGAAAGUCAAUGGAUUGGUGGUUAGUAAGGAGACGGAGAGGAAGCGAAUUAAGACUAUUAAGAUGUAGCCCAAACGGUAAAGAAACCAGAUGUCCUUUUCCCUCCAUGACUUCUGAUACUGGAGCUUAUGUGAAAAGACUUGCUACAUUAAGGUGAAGAGACAAGGAGAGGAAGCAAAUUAAUACUAUUAGGAUGUAGCCCCUAACUCCAAAUUAAACAGAAAUCGAGAUGACACUUUCUUAAAAGUCUUUCUGAUUAGCAAACAUGUGUGUUUGUCAUCUCACAACUACAAUUUUGCAACUGUAUCCACUGUACUGUAAAAACAACAACAAUUGUAAAAGACUACUGUGGCCUGUGAGAUGUGCCAGCCAUUGGGUCCAUCUAUAGGUCAAUGGAGAGCUGGCUGUCUUAUGAGGGUAAGAGUUUAGCCUAUAGAGCAUGGUGUUUAAAAAUUACUAAAUGAAGGCAAAUUGUACAGAAAGAUUUGUAUAUUGUCGAUGAGUCACCGUCACUAUUCAAGUGUAUUACACGAUUCAACGCUUUUACUAAAAAGAAAACGUAUCAAAACAAAUAACAAAAAUAUAACAAACAACUCUCAAAAUGGCACACAUACAGGACUAGAGAACUUCUUUAUAAAAUGAUAAUGGAAUUUUUCUACAUUGUAAAGUGGUGUUUUUUUUUAUAUUGUUUUCUAUUCAGCGGGAUUGACGACCAAAAACAAUCACAUGCUUUCGCGGUUAGCCUGUGUCCCAAAUGGCACCCUAUUCCUUAUAUAGUGCACUUUUGACCAGAGCUGUAUGGGCCCUGCAAAGUAGUGCACUGCUAGCUACAAUCGAGAGUGUUAACUGGACCUAAUGGCAGAGAGAAUCCAUUCAAAUCAAACUCUCACUACCUUAAACUUUCAACAAUCAAAAAGACAUAAAUAUUGGUUAGCAUAUAUCAACAAAAAACAAUUUUUGACCACCAUAUGACUGAUUAUAAAUCAAGAUAUGUAUUACCUGCUUGUGUCAGCCUUUAAAUGCACAAGACAACAGAUGUAUAUUGGGGUCUGCUGUAUACUCCUCUCUCUUGGGGUGUAUUAACUAAGAACUAAACAGAACCAAACGGAAGCAGAAGCAAACGGGGAGGGACCAACUUGAAUUUGUUUUUGUUGUAAGACAUUUUACGUUUGAAGUAAAACAUUUCAGUUGCAAAGCAUUUUGCUACCGUUUCUGACUAAUGAAUACACCCCUGGUCACUCUCUGAUGGAAACGUGUGUAACCACUGUGGUGAACACUCAAAACUGUGUUCUUAUGUGAGAUGCGUCCUCCGAUGUCAUUGAAUCCCAUUUGUGAAUAUACCACUCUGUCAUGCCUGUAGAACGGGGGUGGGACUACCUAGCACCGUAUGUGUGUGUGUGUGUGUGUGUGUGUGUGUCUGUCACCCCCUGGUUCAUAUUGCUAAUACUGUAUUGUAAUGUGAUGUAACAAAAAACAGACACU